CCAGUUGCCCCGCAGCUUGGAGAAGGGACGACCACUUGUGUUUUGCCCAAGUCCAGAAGAAGAGCUGGGACAAAGCAGAGUCUAGACUUCGAGGAAGGGAAGAGUUUGGGAGAAAUCAUGGCCAAUCGUCAACCAAGUUCCCAGGCUGAGGACCAGGACUCCCAGCCCAGCUCCUCAGGGUACCCCCUGGAGGUGACUGUCAACGAAGAAAGACCAGGACCGUCAGCCCCCUGGGCCGGCUGCAGCUCCCCGCCUCAGCGCCCUGGCUUUAAGAGGAAGAGGUCAGUGGCGUUCGAGGAGGAGGAGGAGGGCGAGCCGGCCACUGAGGCCCAGGACACCUGGGUCGUGGAGUCGCUGAGUGGGCUCAAGAUGAAGCUCAAGCGACAGCGGGUGUCUUCAGUGCUGCCUGAGCACCACGAGGUCUUCAACAGGAUGCUCGAGGAUCCCGUCAUUAGGAAAUUCCUCGCCUGGGACAAAAACCUGCAAGUAUCUGACAAGUACCUCCUGUCGAUGGUGAUAGCUUAUUUCAGCCGGGCCGGGCUCUUCUCCUGGCAAUUCCAGAGAAUCCAUUUCUUUAUAGCUCUCUAUGUGGCCAACGACAUGGAAGAGGACAACCAGGCCCCCAAACAGGCCAUCUUUUCGUUCCUCUAUGGAAAGAACCGCUCCCAGCGUCCCUUGUUCCACAAACUGCGUCUCCAGUUCAUCCGUUCCAUGGGCUGGAACGCUAGGGUCACUCGGGAAGAGUGCGAGCAGAUCCAGGCUUUUGAUCCAGAGCUCUGGGUGUGGGGAAGAGAUCGCGCCCUCUUAUCACAGAGCCCAGGAGAGAUGAGGAUGUUGCACAGGAGGUCAAUCCACACGCUGACGACAGCCGCCGUGGAAAAGGAACGGGAGCGAGGGGGAGAGUCCAGCAGGGAGAGGACAGCGCACCUGCUGGGAAGCGUUGCCCCGCAGCUUGGAGAAGGGACGACCACUUGUGUUUUGCCCAAGUCCAGAAGAAGAGUUGGGACAAAGCAGAGUCUAGGCUUUGAGGAAGGGAAGAGUUUGGGAGAAAUCAUGGCCAGUCGUCAACCGAGUUCCCAGGUUGAGGACCAGGACUCCCAGCCCAGCUCCUCAGGGUACCCCCUGGAGGUGACUGUCAACGAAGAAAGACCAGGACCGUCAGCCCCCUGGGCCGGCUGCAGCUCCCCGCCUCAGCGCCCUGGCUGUAAGAGGAAGAGGUCAGUGGCGUUCAGAGAGGAGGAGGAGGAGGGCGAGCCGGCCACUGAGGCCCAGGACACCUGGGUCGUGGACUGGCUGAUUGGGCUCAAGAUGAAACUCAAGCGACAGCGGGUGUCUUCAGUGCUGCCUGAGCACCACGAGGUCUUCAACAGGAUGCUCGAGGAUCCCGUCAUUAGGAAAUUCCUCGCCUGGGACAAAAACCUGCAAGUAUCUGACAAGUACCUCCUGUCGAUGGUGAUAGCUUAUUUCAGCCGGGCCGGGCUCUUCUCCUGGCAAUUCCAGAGAAUCCAUUUCUUUAUAGCUCUCUAUGUGGCCAACGACAUGGAAGAGGACAACCAGGCCCCCAAACAGGCCAUCUUUUCGUUCCUCUAUGGAAAGAACCGCUCCCAGCGUCCCUUGUUCCACAAACUGCGUCUCCAGUUCAUCCGUUCCAUGGGCUGGAACGCUAGGGUCACUCGGGAAGAGUGCGAGCAGAUCCAGGCUUUUGAUCCAGAGCUCUGGGUGUGGGGAAGAGAUCGCGCCCUCUUAUCACAGAGCCCAGGAGAGAUGAGGAUGUUGCACAGGAGGUCAAUCCACACGCUGACGACAGCCGCCGUGGAAAAGGAACGGGAGCGAGGGGGAGAGUCCAGCAGGGAGAGGACAGCGCACCUGCUGGGAAGCGUUGCCCCGCAGCUUGGAGAAGGGACGACCACUUGUGUUUUGCCCAAGUCCAGAAGAAGAGUUGGGACAAAGCAGAGUCCAGGCUUUGAGGAAGGGAAGAGUUUGGGAGAAAUCAUGGCCAGUCGUCAACCGAGUUCCCAGGUUGAGGACCAGGACUCCCAGCCCAGCUCCUCAGGGUACCCCCUGGAGGUGACUGUCAACGAAGAAAGACCAGGACCGUCAGCCCCCUGGGCCGGCUGCAGCUCCCCGCCUCAGCGCCCUGGCUGUAAGAGGAAGAGGUCAGUGGCGUUCAGAGAGGAGGAGGAGGAGGGCGAGCCGGCCACUGAGGCCCAGGACACCUGGGUCGUGGACUGGCUGAUUGGGCUCAAGAUGAAACUCAAGCGACAGCGGGUGUCUUCAGUGCUGCCUGAGCACCACGAGGUCUUCAACAGGAUGCUCGAGGAUCCCGUCAUUAGGAAAUUCCUCGCCUGGGACAAAAACCUGCAAGUAUCUGACAAGUACCUCCUGUCGAUGGUGAUAGCUUAUUUCAGCCGGGCCGGGCUCUUCUCCUGGCAAUUCCAGAGAAUCCAUUUCUUUAUAGCUCUCUAUGUGGCCAACGACAUGGAAGAGGACAACCAGGCCCCCAAACAGGCCAUCUUUUCGUUCCUCUAUGGAAAGAACCGCUCCCAGCGUCCCUUGUUCCACAAACUGCGUCUCCAGUUCAUCCGUUCCAUGGGCUGGAACGCUAGGGUCACUCGGGAAGAGUGCGAGCAGAUCCAGGCUUUUGAUCCAGAGCUCUGGGUGUGGGGAAGAGAUCGCGCCCUCUUAUCACAGAGCCCAGGAGAGAUGAGGAUGUUGCACAGGAGGUCAAUCCACACGCUGACGACAGCCGCCGUGGAAAAGGAACGGGAGCGAGGGGGAGAGUCCAGCAGGGAGAGGACAGCGCACCUGCUGGGAAGCGUUGCCCCGCAGCUUGGAGAAGGGACGACCACUUGUGUUUUGCCCAAGUCCAGAAGAAGAGUUGGGACAAAGCAGAGUCCAGGCUUUGAGGAAGGGAAGAGUUUGGGAGAAAUCAUGGCCAGUCGUCAACCGAGUUCCCAGGUUGAGGACCAGGACUCCCAGCCCAGCUCCUCAGGGUACCCCCUGGAGGUGACUGUCAACGAAGAAAGACCAGGACCGUCAGCCCCCUGGGCCGGCUGCAGCUCCCCGCCUCAGCGCCCUGGCUGUAAGAGGAAGAGGUCAGUGGCGUUCAGAGAGGAGGAGGAGGAGGGCGAGCCGGCCACUGAGGCCCAGGACACCUGGGUCGUGGACUGGCUGAUUGGGCUCAAGAUGAAACUCAAGCGACAGCGGGUGUCUUCAGUGCUGCCUGAGCACCACGAGGUCUUCAACAGGAUGCUCGAGGAUCCCGUCAUUAGGAAAUUCCUCGCCUGGGACAAAAACCUGCAAGUAUCUGACAAGUACCUCCUGUCGAUGGUGAUAGCUUAUUUCAGCCGGGCCGGGCUCUUCUCCUGGCAAUUCCAGAGAAUCCAUUUCUUUAUAGCUCUCUAUGUGGCCAACGACAUGGAAGAGGACAACCAGGCCCCCAAACAGGCCAUCUUUUCGUUCCUCUAUGGAAAGAACCGCUCCCAGCGUCCCUUGUUCCACAAACUGCGUCUCCAGUUCAUCCGUUCCAUGGGCUGGAACGCUAGGGUCACUCGGGAAGAGUGCGAGCAGAUCCAGGCUUUUGAUCCAGAGCUCUGGGUGUGGGGAAGAGAUCGCGCCCUCUUGCCCUAGAGGCCCCGGGACCACGCAGGCCUGAGGUCAUCGGCCUGCGCAAAGAUCACAGAGCCCAGGAGAGAUGAGGAUGUUGCACAGGAGGUCAAUCCACACGCUGACGACAGCCGUGAGGAAGGGAGGGAGA